GCGCUCCAUCCCGUUGCAUGUCUGCUCAUCCCGUCGCGAAUUUAACUGAAUAUACCUUUGCCGACGCCCCUGUAUUUUGCACAUCAUCCGGCCAACGCACUGUCCUGGGCUGUGCUGCAUCUCUGCCCAAGUUACGGAUAAGCAGCCCACGACUGUCCUGAGGGCUUGCUUUCCAACUACGUCAUUCUUUCCGAUAUCGGCUCGUCAAAGCAUCCGAAUGCCAAUUGAUGCACACCCAGAUCAUAAUCCGGUUGGCCUGCCAAUGGAUUCAGCCGCCCAACCCGCCAAGCAGCCAGACAGCCCCGAUGCUGGACCGCCAGUGGGGCUCCAGGCCAUGCCAGACGAAGUACUCUUGAUGAUAUUUGCCCGGCUCUCGGCGGAGACGCUGGUUCGAGUUCGGCUGGUGUCCCGGCUUUGGUAUCGUCUGAUUGACCACGGCCCUUCCUUCCUCUGGAAGCAAAUCUGCUGCGAGUUGUGGCAGACGCCCGCAUCACUGUCGGCGGAGACUCGGUUCCGCCACUGGUUUUGGAAGGAGCGGCAUCGAUACAACCUCCGGUGGAUGAGCAAGCAGUACAAGUUUGAGUUUUUCGAGGAGCCACUGGAUCUGUUCUUUGCCUCGACGGUGGUGUCGGUCUCGGGCAACCUGAUGGUCUAUGGUUCUGAUGACACCCACACGAUCUUUACCAGGAGGCUGACAGACCAGCUCAUCGUACGGCGCCUGGACGACAUGAGAGUGAUUGCAUCGCUUCCCGGAUAUCGCGUCCAUCAUCUAUGUCUCUAUCAGAACCUCAUCUUCAGCGCGGACUACUCUCCACACCUUCGGGUGCAGCGUCUUGCUGUCGAUGGUCACAUCACUCCGCAACAAAAGCAUGGAGACUGGUCCGCUGAACAGCGACUUCAGCAAAGCCCGGGCGAAUUUGGAUUCCCUGCAAGCCUUCUCCAGCCACCCAAAGGCUCACACGGCGAUGGCCAGCGCCCUUGCUCCAAUAGGAACCUCGAUACGAGCCCCACCAACCCAAUUCCUCGCCAGCACCACGAUCGUGAUAGCGAGUACCAACACCAACGGUCCGCUGUUCAAGAUCAGAGCACAUGCGAGUGCCGAUGGAGCGGUCACGACAACGACCCUAACCAAUGCCUGCCAACCAGCACCACUCUCGAGUGCGCCCCGAUCGACGACGAGCCCAUUGUCCGAAUCGUCUGUGACGAAGCUUCGCGAACCCUGGUAUGUGGGUUCAUAAGCGGGCUGAUGCGAUUCUGGACACUGCCCGACCUGAAGCCACUCGAAGCAGCGCAUGAUUUCACGCACAUCACUCAGCUCGCCAUCACUCCAGACUACCUCUUUGUCGGAGGCGGCGCCCUCGACAAUCAGUUUCUCGGUAUCUAUGGCAUUUCGACGCGCAAACUAUUGUACGUCAUUCGGUGCUCGUACUCGGACGUCCAGGAGAUGGCUGCUGCCCGGGGAAUCACGGUCGGGCGGAUCCAAGAGUACCAUGUCUGGACGGUCGAAUCAAUCUCGGCGCAAGGCUCCCUGGUGGCAUGCAACUAUGGAGUGCAGGGCGUCUACAUCAUCUUCGACGUCAAGCGGCUCGCACAAAACGAGAACCCGCUCGUCAGCAUCAUUGACGAGUCGUUCCGGGACCUGACGAAGUUCCACACGCCCGACCGCGGAUACAUCCGGCUGGGGCUCUACAAUCCCAAGAUUGCGAUGCACGACCGAUUCCUGUUCACGGCAAGCCUGCGCAAGAGCGAGAUAUCGGUGUGGGACCUGCACACAGGCGCCCGGCUCUACCGCCUCUCGGAGCCGUUUGGGACUGAAGUUGGCCCGCUUGGGCAGCAUGAACUCGUCACCAGCAUCUCGGAUAUGAGGCUGUCGCCCGACGGGCGCAUGCUGAUCGUCUCGGCCUUUGGCGGGAUGCUCUAUGUCUGGCGGGUCGACCAGGAGACCAUCGGCGCUGCAUCCGACGCUGACACUGGCGAGGCACAGCGAUACAGCAGUCGCUGUGCAAUCUCCAGAAAUGCGCUCGGCAGAUUCAUCGGCGAGCGCACCCAGCGGCUCUCAGCGGCAAAGGCCGAGACCCGCCUGGGGAAGCGGUACUGACGCGGGCGCAGGGCCAAGCAGCGAGCCUCAUUGUCCGUGGGUGCGAAACCUUUGGUCAGCGGGCUGUUUCAUGGUCGCUCGAAUACAAACAAAUCGCCGAUCAA